CUGUUUUUGUUUCUAAACAUUUAAGAAGUAUGAACUUGCAAGAUAAGAAAAAGAAAAAGAGAAGAGCAGCAGCUGCUACUGCCACGUUAACAAACAAUGAUUCCAAUGAAGAAAGCUCCAGUGACAGUGAAGAAAAUGCUUCAAGUGAUGAGGACACAGAUAGCGUUGAGAACAUUAAUGUUGAAUUUGAAGCACAAACUCCAGUGGAUAAUGAUUUCCAUGGAAUAAAGCAACUUCUUUUAAGGGUGUUUCUCACGUUGCACUUAGAUAUUUCAGAAUUAACUGAUAUUAUUAUUUCACAGUCCUCGAUUGGCAGUACAAUAAAAAUCGUUGAUGAUGAAGAAGAUGAAAUUUAUGGUAUCGUUUCUGUGCUUAGUUUAAAAAAGUACAAAGAAAAGACAUGCAUAAAGGAACUUAAAAAAGAAUUACUAUCAAAAUGUAAAUCUUCCUCUCAUGAGUUGUCAACCAAACUGAAGAAAUUAUUUAACGAGAAAAAUAUUGGCUUUAUUGUCAACGAAAGGUUUAUCAAUAUUCCUUCACAGAUUGCUGUUCCAUUUCAUAACUCCAUUUGGGAGGAAGUAGAGCAAGCAAAAUCUGAGGACAAGCUGCACGAUUUCGAUUAUUUAAUGUUGUUAUCAAAAACAUUAAAACCUUCUUCAAUAGAACCUCAGAAAAAAGAAGGUGAAGGUAGUAAAGCCAAGAAAAAAAAGAAACAAGAGAAUAAUUCGGAAGUGGAAUAUACAAAUUUUGAGGAUGAACUGUUUUUUAAGGAGUCCGAACUGAGUUUUAGUUACAAUGUUACAGAAGCAACUGGUCUUGCAGUCGGAGGCAGUUGGAAUUUCGAAGAUCAGACAAUGAAUUCUUAUAGGACUGUUAUGCUUAUUCCAACAACAAAAUGGAAAAAUGUAUUGACUGAAAUUGAGAAGAUGGUUGAUUAAUUAGA